GCCGGGGUGCUGCUCGUCCGCCGCACGUCCUCCUCGUCGCCGACCGUGAUAUACGUCUGAGGCCAUCGUCCCAGCGCACCCAAGCCUGUUGAGCCUGCCGACCAAACCGACCUGAGGAUGGGCCGUCUGUUCCAUAUCCCAGGGAUUUUCUUCCUCUUCGUCGCCUUUGUCCUCUUGUUUCUCGUGUCUAUCUCGCUGCCCUACCUGACGACGCUCGACUUUGCACGCGUACACUUUGACGGGGGCAAGGUGACGGCGGGUAGUGAUUCGAAUGCGCUCACGGAGCUAAGGUUUGGCACUUGGGCGGACUGCUGGUAUGAGUCUUCUGGGGACCGUGUCUGCAGUAGCGCAGGCAACGCGUACAAUGUCACCAUUUACAGCGACAACGGCUCUAGCUCUGUCUCCAUCGGUGCCUCUUGGACACGUGGACUCGCGCUCCAUCCAGUCGGUGCGUGCCAUUUCUCUUCACGACCUUUCACGCCUCACGCAGACACACUCGCAGCGGCGGGCGUGACCCUCAUUGCGUUCCUCCUCAGUCUCUCCAGCCACAUCACGCUCCGUUUGUUCGCGUCCCUGGCAGCGUUUCUCGCAGGCACUAUCGCAUUCAUCGCAUUCCUUGUUGACGUCGCACUCUACGCGUAUGUGAAGAGCGAGGCGGGCAAGCUGGACGGCGUGAACGCCCACACAGAUACCGCACCCGGUUUCUGGGUGACAUUUGUAUCGUUCAUCCUCCUCUUCCUCGCGGGAGGCACCGUCUGCUUCGGACGCCGACGAGACCGCAUGGCAGGUGCAACCAACUAUCCGAUGGCCUCUAGCAAGUUCUCGCGCUCGUGGCGGGACCGCUUCACGCGCUCAUAGACGGCCAGUUGGUCCUGCCUUAUGCUUGCUUGAUACCAAGACGGUCGCGCCACCGGGCUGGCCAUGGCCCUCGUCAAAUACCCACAGGCGAGUGUUGGGAUACGCUAUGAUAACUUAUACCUGCUACAUUUAAUGAAGCGACCGAGCGUCGUUUCCCCGCGCUUUGUUACCGAUCCCUACCCUCGUUCUGCAUCCCUACCCCGUGCUCUUAAUGAUCAUUUGCUUAAGACUCGUUCAGGGAGUCUCAGACCCGAUAUUCGC